AUGCUCCAACCCCGGCUGUCAGCAGGAACAGGGUACUCCGGGCUCAUUAAUCGAAUCUAUCCUAGGCGCUUGAAAAGGAGAAUUUGUACCCUAAGGUUCCAAACCGGCCUUUUCUCCAAACAAGAUGUGGUUUUUCAGGGUGCAGCUCUUUUAGUGCAAUGUCCGAAAGAGCAAGAGGGGACCGGGAGAAAAUCACGGGGCACGGAAGGAGGGGUGGGCGGGGGCGGACGGCGGGCCGGGAGGGGGCUGGGCUCCGGGGAGGCGAGGCCCCGGGUGGGUGGGGCCGGAUGUGCAGGCCCCGCCCGGCCGGGGAUUCGGGGUUCGGGGUGCAAGGCUCGGCCUGGGCGGCGCGCCCAGGCCGCUGCGAGUGGCCUGUGGGGCCGGCGGUGUCCGAGGCCAGCGCCGGGCUCUUCUGGGCCCAAAGCGGUCCCGGCCGUCCUCAGGAAACCUCCGCACGCCGAGGAAAGGCCGCGAGGCGGUUCCGCCCCUGAGACGAGAGAAGCCGCGGGGACCCAGCGGGACCUCACACAAGGCGGCUGUUGGCCCUGCGCGCGCGGCCUGUUCCGCUCCGUCCGCGGACUGCGCGGGGGGCGCUGGGAGCCUCGGCCACGCAUGCGCCGCCCGCGACUGCGCGCCGCGAGGUCCGCGGAGGCUUCCUCGCGGGCGAGGGACUGGGGAAGAGGGCUGCGUGGUGGACUCUCGCGAGACGCGCAGCGCAGCGACUCGCCGCUGAGGGACUUUAGGAGUGAGGUGGGGCGCGGAGAACUUCGCGGGGCGGAGGGACACAGUCGGAGGCCGAGCAGACAUUUUGAGGGAGAAGAUGGAACAGUGUGGAAAAGGAGAGUGGGAGGCUUCCCUCAGCCGUGGAGUCUGGGAGGCGGGGAGACGUCUCUGAGGAGUUUUGGUGACCACUGCAGAAGGCAGACACAGAGGAUGGGCGAACCGGAAGAAGCAGGAACAGAGGACAAUGCACAGUCCAUUUUAUACUCGAGGUGCUCUUCAUCCAUAAUUGAAAAAAUAGAUAUAUUCAAUACGUAUAUGUAUGCCUACAUCUCAUCAUCUACACCUACACCUAGACCUGCGCCUAUGGUGUAGCUAUGCCUAUACUGCCUACGUCUACCUCUAUCUAUACCUACAAUUUUCUGUGUUGGAAGGGGCAGUGUUACCAUGCUGUAUCAUUUGCUAGCAAUGUGACCCAGCAGUGAGAAUGAUGUCAACCAUUGGCUCUCCACACUGGCUGCACAUUAGAAUCACCUCUUGGAGCUUUUGCAAACUGCAGAUGCUUGGGCCCCUCCUACAGAGAUUCUGGUCCUGUGGAUCCGAGAUGAGGUCCAACCACCAGAAUUAAAAACAAAACAAAACAGAAAUGCUCCUCAGAUGAUUUUAAGGUACCACUGAGUGCCCUUAAAACCUUCUAAGUUUCCACUUCUUUAUGUAAUGAGCACAAGUGCCCAUUUUGCAGGAUUAGUAGAUAAUGUAUGUAAGGUUUUUAGCAGAAUUUGGGGCAAAACACUAUACAUGUUAGUUUCAUUGAUAAUUAAUAUUCAGUACUUUAAAAAGCAGCUUUUAUUAUUUUUUUUAAUUACAUGGAGAACAGGUAAACUCAUCCCAGUUAUAAACAAUUCAUACCAAGUAAAAAGUGAUGGCGAGUAUCCCUACACCUUAUGUGCACAGAGGCAAACACUCUUAGGUUCCCAUGUAUAUCCUUCCCAAAAUUUACCUUUGCCUUUACUUACAAAAACAUUCACCUUUGUGUAAGUCUCUAAUGAUGUAAAUAGAACCAUUUACAUUGUUUGGUGACUUCUUUUUUUUCACUUAGCAGUAGGUCUAUAUAUCUCAGAGAUCUCUCCAUGUCAGUAAAUACAGGUCUACCUUGUUAUUUUAAUGAUUGCAUCCAUCAUAUGAACAGUGGAGGCACUGUGAAUUACUCAACCGCUCCCCAUACUAGUGGGCAUUUUAGGGAGUUUCCAAAUUUUCACUCUUCCAUAAAAAUCUGCAGCAAACACUUUUGUAAAUGUGCCUUUGUGUGUGGGGUGUUGGAGGAGUUUUCUUUAGAUUAUCCCUACAAUCUAUAGCACUGGGUCAAAGCAUGCAUUUUACUUUGUAGGUAAAAAUGAUGUUAAAUUCUGCCUAAUUGCUCUCCAAAAAACUGUGCCAGUUAGCAUUCUUAGUGAUGAAUGAGCGUGCUUGCUUUCCAUCUCUUUUAUUUUCCCCAGUUUUUUAAGGGAGAUAUUUUUGUUUUAGGAAUGGACAGCCCAUAGCUGGGUAGCAGGACUUAAAGAGCCUCUGUCUUUUCCUUUUCCCUAAUGACAGUGGGCACUUUUCACGUGCAUAUUGGCAUGUGAAGUUUCUGUUCAAGUAUUUCACCCUUUAAAAAGUUGGGGGUUUGGGGUGCCUGGGUGGCUCAGUAGUUAAGCAUCUGCCUUCGGCUCAGGUCAUGAUCCCAGGGUC